UGAAGCGAGUUUAUAAAAGCCGACGGGGAAGUGAAGGAAAUGGCUCGAGGCGUGAGGCAGGGUGGCGACGGCUGAGUUGGUUUUUGUUUGUGGGUGGAAAGAAGGCGAGCCGAAGCCAAGAAAAAAGGAGGAGGAGGAGGCGUUAAGCCGUGACGGUACUUUGGGAGGCGGAAGAGAGAGGAAAGCGCCGCCGCCACUGCUGUUGCAGGCGCCGCCGCCGCUGUCUAGGCCGUACAAAAUGGCGGAGGGCGACAAUAGGAGCAGCAACCUUCUGGCUGCAGAAACAGCUAGCUUGGAAGAGCAAUUGCAGGGAUGGGGUGAAGUGAUUCUAGUGACUGACAAAAUCCUUCGCUGGGAAAAAGCGUGGUUUCCACCUGCUAUCAUUGCUGUAGUUUCCUUUGUUUUUCUGAUGAUUUACUACUUGGAUCCAUCUGUUCUUUCAGGUGUUUCUUUUUUUGUUAUGUUGCUUUGUUUGGCUGACUAUCUUGUACCUGCCCUUGCUCCUAGAAUCUUUGGCUCCAGUAAAUGGACUACUGAACAACAGCAACGAUUCCAUGAAAUUUGUAGCAACAUGGUGAAGACACGGCGUAGGAUUGUUGGCUGGUGGAAACGUCUUUUUACAUUUAAAGAGGAAAAGCCUAAAAUGUACUUCAUGACAAUGCUGUGUUCACUGGCUGUGAUUGCUUGGAUAGGACAACAGGUUCAUAACCUCUUCCUCACCUACCUUAUUGUGAGCUGCUUCUUGUUGUUUCCUGGAUUGAACAAGCAUGGAAUAAUUUCAAAAUAUGUUGGAAUGGCAAAAAGGGAGGUCAACAAACUCCUCAAGCACAAAGAGAAGAAAAACGAGUGAAAUUUUGCUUGCUAAUCUACUCCAUAGUAUAAUUUGUAUUCUGGGAAAAAUUCAUUGAGUUACUGUGUGUUUAAUAGUAUAGAAGUGCUUGUUUCAGUCAUCGCCUUUUAACCUUUAAGCAGGGCUUCCUCUUCUACAGCUUAAAUAGGAACUGUGUGGUUCCUCAGUCAUACAGUAAUGCAUUCUGCUAACAUGGACAGUUGUUUUUUAGAAAAUGUGACUAGCAACUUCAUAGUGUAAUAGGGUUGUUCAUCAGUAAUAAAUUGAUGGUGGUGAACAAAUUAUAUUUGUGUGAAAAUGUCUCUUGCUACUGUCUCUGGUGGAAAAGCACCAGUUAAAAUUCUCCAUUCCAGUUAAGUAUUUGAGGACUCACUGGACUGUCUGUAGACUGACUUUAUGAUAGUUUUCAAUUUCAAUUGCUAAACUUUUAAUGAAAUUUAUGGGCUAUGGAAACAGGGCUCCUAAAUUCCUGCAUCCAAGUUGUCACUAGCUUUGUAAUGCAUCUUAAUUGCACUGAAACUGUAUGGAAAACUGAAGUUAAGAUGAAUAGGCAGUUCAUUUUUUUGCUUCUGUUAUUUAAAUUACUGUAGUUUUGAUGUUGUGCAACAUGUUUUACAUUUUUUAUUAUGGUCUGCAAACAAAAUUAUGUGGAAUAUUUGAUGUAUCUGUCUUGUCAACAAAUCUGUCUUUGAAGUUAUUUGUGUUUUCUAAAUGCUAUUUUGAUUUUAUUACUACUACACUUUUCUUAAGUAAAAAAGUUGUAAUUAAAGAUAAAAGGAUCUUAAAUUUGUGUUUAAAAGGCAAAUUGCUGUCUUGUAAAUGGAUGAACAGUGUUAUUAUCAGUCUAAAAAUAUAGACAUGGGAAAUCUUCAGGCUUUGUUUUUUUAAAAAAAGUUUUUAGGCAUUCGUACUAUUUGGCAAAAGAUAAAGCAUGAAAUCUGGUGCUCACUGUUACUGCCUUUUAGGUGGUAGCUCAGUGUUAUUCUAAGCUGCCAAAAUAGGUUUGUCAGCCUUUUUUAUAAAUAUUGUAAUCCAUUUUCUCUGGGAGAGGGGCAGUUUAGGUAUGCUAGCCUUGAAUCUUCUUGCAUAUGGCCCAGAAGGCAAUAAUUGUGUCAGCACCAUAUAAUGGAAUAUGUUGUAUAAGUGUCUGACUGGAUCGAAAUUUGUAACAGUAUCUGAAUUAUGAUAAGAGAAUGAAGUGAUCCACAUCACCAACGAGGAAUAAUGUUUUCCCUUUAAUUUAAAUAUAUUUUAAAAUGUGUUUAUUCUUUGUGGUGGCUUUAUAAACAAAAGAAGCAUAUUUUAUUUGGAAAAUACGGUAAGACAUACUUAAAUUAGCAAUUCAGCUUUGCAAGAUACAGUAUACUUGAUUCCAGCAAAAAAUAAAUAAAUCACUUUUUCCAUUCUGAAACCACAGAUACUCUCAGUUAAACUAAUGUUUUUGGGGAACUGAACAAUUCUAGCUGGCAGACAAAGGUCAGAAUCCUAUUGGUUAGUUAUGCAGUAGUCUGAAAUGCAUUGGUGAGUUGCUGACAGUUAACAAUUUGCCACUUGUACCUCACAUUGCAUGCUGGUUGUGUAAGCUGCUGGACUAUGAGAGAACACCAUCACAAUGUUUACCACUGCAUCUAUGCCAAUAUAAAUAGCCAGUAUCAUUCUACCAAAAGAUGCAGACUCCUGCAGACAACUUUACAGUGUACUGUAUUAGUGUUACAUGCUAUCACUGUUAGAUCAUUUCCUACUAAAUAUGAUAGACCCGUGACACAUGGAACUCAGGAUGGCUUGUUUUCCCCAAACUAAUGAAAAACUACUUUCAGAUCACAGAAAAAAACAACUCUUCAAUCUUUUGCUUUAUCAAAAUAUAUCUCAAAGCCUACAGAUUUCUAAAAUAGCUGGUGAAAAGGGCUAGUGCAGACUUUGCUGCAGAUACAGAAAAUACUAAGUUGCCAAGUCAUUAGCCCAUUUUGAGUUAAACUGGUCCAGAAUACCAACUUGGGUAUCCCUGCAGUGAUUAUUUUUAUCUUCCACUUGGGCAAGGAUGCAGUAUUAUGUGUGAAGGAAUCAGUGCUGUGAUAAGAGAGUACAUAUAUAGGCUGAGAAGGGAAAUAAGUUUUAUGUAUUUGCAAACUUUGGAUAUAAAAUUACUGCUUUCAUUUGACUGCACUGGUGUGUAGUGUAAAUGAUAAAUGUACCAAGAAAGCUGAGAAGUGAAUAAAAAAAUUAACAGAG